AUGAAGUUCGGCAAAACAUUUCCAAAUCACCAAGUUCCUGAAUGGUCGCAUCAAUAUGUCAAUUACAAAAACUUGAAGAAACUGAUAAAACAAAUAACUCGUACACAGGAAAAGCUUCAUCGCAACCACCUGAAUGAAGAGAACAACCAUCCGCCUGUUAAGCAGCGGGAUACUUCAAGGGUAGAAGAUAAUUAUUUGAAUGAUACGGAGGUGAAAAAACUCUUGGCAUCGUUCUUUUUUGCCCUUGAUAGGGAUAUUGAGAAAGUUGAUAACUUCUUUAAUGCGCAAUUCUUGGAAUAUGACCGAAGAUUGAGACGUCUAUUGUCAUCUGCGCAGUUUGCUGAGAUUAAUAACUUUGGACAGGGCAAUACAGCUCUGCAAACCGUCGGGAAUCCCGAUUCGUUCUUGUUUCUACAAAGCCCCUCACCCCACAAUGGGUUCCCAUACGUGGGGUUCGGCCAAGUCCAAAGCGCACAAAACCAUAUUUCAGCCAAUCCGUCAGAUCUAUCGGAAGAUUUGGACGAAGUCCUAGGGAUAUUAAUUGAGCUACGGUCCCAUUUCCGAAAUCUGAAGUGGUAUGCAGAGUUGAACAAGCGAGCAUUUACUAAAAUCCUGAAAAAGCUAGAUAAAAAAGUUGGUACCAAUCAGCAACAAACAUAUUUACAAGCUCGUAUACUUCCUUUAGGGAUUUCUAAUGAUGCAGAGAUCAUAAAGGAUUUGAACAUCAUCAAUGAAGUCCUUGACAAGAUUUCGCCAAGAGUUAAAGAUUUCCAUGAUAAAUGGAGGCAAGAUGCUGAUAAAAGUGGCUUAGACCUUCGCUCAAGAGACUCAUCAACACCUGUUAAUGUUCCAUUGCAAUUGAUUGAAAGGGACGAUGGUACUGGGUUGAUAAACGAAUUGAUUUGUAGCUAUCGAUCCGCUGUUUUGAUUCCAACAAGAACUCUGAUUGCGCUACUAAACAAAGCUGCAUUAUCGCAAUCUUUCAAAUGUGUUGAUGAAAUUUUGGAAAUUAUUCCUACGCUUGGAGAUCAUUCAGACAUUAGUAGCAGGAAUUUCUUCCAUCACCAUGUUAUCGCCUUGGGUAAAAAUCAUAAAAAACGUUUAAAUGCUGAAAGUGCACUAGAAUCAGCACCCAAGGGUGAUGAAGACGAUUUGAGCAAGCUUCUCUCUACAUCGUUAGAUCUGGAGGCUGCUACAUUGCCAGACUCUAACACCAGAUUGAUUGGGGCCUUCGGUCCCGAUGGAGUGAAUUCAGAUGAUUCACCUGCAUCUUUGCUAUACAUUCUCAACAAACUGCCUGCUCAUCUUAGAUCAAGUUUGUUACAGAGGGAUAAUUACAAGAGAACCCCCUUACAUUACUCUGCCCAAUACGGGUUGUUUGAAGUUAGCAAAAUUAUAAUUGAAAGUCUGAAGGAUUGGGGGGCAUGGAAUCCUGAUAUUCCUAUUGAUGACGUGCAACUAUGGGGAGACGGGGAGGGAUUAACCCCACUUCACCUAGCUGUUAUAGGGACACAUCCAAUUACCGUGAAAACUUUAACAUCCUAUGGGAAUCCUGACAAACCUUUGAACUCUCCAAGAUUAUUGCAGUUAGCUACGAGACUGAAUUCACCGGAUUUGAUUGAUGCAUUACUGUCGAUCAAUGGAUUUGAUAUCAAUUAUCCUGACCCCGAAACGCAUGAGACGGCUUUGUAUAUUGCGUCCAAGCUGAACUUGGAAGAGGCCACCGAAUUCUUAUUGCAAAAAGGCGCUGACACCGAAAUAGGUGAAUGUGCCUUUGGUUGGACGCCUGUGUUCGCCGCUGCAACUGAGGGCUUUUUAAAAAUCGUGAAAUUGCUAAUUCAGUACAAUGCAAAGUUUGACAUUUUCGAUGAAAGUGGAUGGACCCCCAUGGAGCAUGCGGUUCUACGCGGCCAUUUAGAUGUCGCAGAUAUGCUUACCCCUGAAGACAAUCGGGUGGUAUCGAAUCCGCAGUUUCAAAGUGGCUCCGGGGAGGAAGAGUUGGAAAAGCCACCAAGCCGCACCAAUACGCCCGUGUACGCUCAGGAUUCCUCCGGGUCGAGGUCUGCGUCUCCUCAGAAUGGUUUCUACAAGCAGCCGGGAGUUUCUCAAUCUAUCGACAAAAUCUCUGAAGUGAGCCACGCCAGCAAGAAGCAGCUGCUGAAGUCGUCUCUCAGCCACAACAAGCCUUCCAAUGGCGCGUCCUCGCACAGUCAUAGCGCAGCACAACCUGUCAAGUCUUUUGGACACAAGUAUUUACAAAAGGACCAGUCCAUAGUUCUGAUCACUUUGGGCAGCACGGAUUCUCGCAACAAGGCGCCAGCGGUGGCUUUGAAUAAAGUUCCAGUGACCAAAGUGUCUUCUACGGAGCUGGACACGGCGCUGUCACUGGUGGUCACGUGCCCGGACGACCUGAACUGCACUCCGGUCGUGUUGGACCUGCCUCUGGACGACACGUUGGACUCGGUGAAUUUCACUGUGCCCUACAAGCACGACUCGGCCCACCAAAUCUACUUCGACAUCGUGCCCACGUACAGCUACCACGCCAUGAGGAUCGUGGACUCGUCCAGCGAUAUUCACGAGGAGUCGGGACUCCACUCCAGCGGUGGCUCCAACGGGUACCACCACGAAAACGCGAGCGGGAAGCCGCAAUCGCACUACCAGUCGAGCGCGGCCAGAUCGAAGGUUCUGGGGCGCGCGGUGGCGCUGUUGGACAAGUCUAGCACGUCGGUCGGGCUGAACCGUCGGUCGCUGUCGGACAUCAUCACGAUUCCCAUCAUCGAAAACGAGACUUUGGAAGUGUUGGGCACGGUGAGUUUCGAGUUUAUGUUGGUGACGCCGUUUUCGCACGCGCGAAUGUCGGUUGGCCGCACCGAGACGUACUGGAAGUCAUUGGUUUCGACAAGAGUUAUCGGGCACCGCGGGCUGGGCAAGAACAUGAACACGAAAAAGUCGCUGCAGCUGGGGGAGAACACCGUGGAGUCGUUCAUCGCCGCUGCGUCGCUCGGCGCCUCGUACGUGGAGUUCGACGUGCAACUGACCAAGGACAAUAUCCCAGUGGUGUACCACGACUUCCUGGUGGCCGAGUCCGGAGCUGACAUCCCGAUGCACGAAUUGACGCUGGAGCAGUUUCUGGAUCUCAACAGCGCGGAAAAGCACAAGGCGCACGUGCGCGACUCGGGCCGCCGCCGCUCGAUGGACGACACAGACGCGGCUGUACUGCAGCGCAUGCUGCAGAUGCGCGGGCAGAACGCGUCGGACGGGCCCGGCGCCGACCACACCAAGGCGGCUGGGACGCAAAUCUACGAGGACCGGAUGCGGCUGACGCGGACUUUCAAGAAAAACAACUUUAAGGGGAACUCGCGGGGCCACUCGAUUGCGUCCUCGUUUGUGACGCUCAAGGAGCUGUUCAAGAAGAUCCCCAGCAACGUGGGGUUCAACAUCGAGUGCAAAUACCCGAUGCUGGACGAAGCCGAAGAGGAGGACAUUGGACAAGUGGCUGUAGAACUGAACCACUGGUGCGACACGGUCUUGAAGGUAGUUUACGACAAUGCCAACGGACGCGACAUAAUUUUCUCUUCGUUCCACCCUGACGUGUGCGUGAUGUUGUCGUUGAAGCAGCCGUCGAUUCCGAUUUUGUUUUUGACGGAGGGCGGCACGCAGCAGAUGGCGGACGUGCGAGCGGCGUCGCUGCAAAGCGCGAUCCGCUUUGCGCGCCGUUGGAAUCUGCUGGGGAUUGUGUCAGCGGCGCGGCCGCUGAUCAAGGCUCCGCGGCUAACGCAGAUUGUGAAGUCGAGCGGGCUGGUGUGUGUGACGUACGGGGUGGAGAACAACGACCCGGAGAACGCGCGGAUCGAGAUGGACGCGGGGGUGGACGCGGUGAUCGUGGACAGCGUGCUGGCGGUGCGGCGGGGGCUGACCAAGUACGGGGGGCGGUGA